ACGUUUAUAUAGUCCCACGAGGUGGGAAAGCGAGAGCAUUAAAUCGUCGACCGUCAGAGUGACACGCUACUCCUGUAUACGCUACCGACAAAAUGAAGUCUUACAUAUUCCGAUUGACUAUACUUUUGAUACUGACAUUCGCUGUAGCACAUCUGACAUCUGCGGAAUAUUGUCCAUCAGAGAAUUGUUUGCCCGAAGAACAAUGUUCUAUAAAAGUUAAAAAUGGAAAUUGUACGAAUGGUAACGCGUGUUGUAGUAUAGUUAAAGUCAACUAUAGAACACACUGUCGUCAUUUUCUUGGUGCCUGUAUGAACAAAUGCAACGACAAAGUUUGGAUACGUGAAGCUAUCGACUGUGCGGAUAAUCAAAGAUGUUGUAUUUUACUUUGAAUUGAUUAAUCCAUAAGAUUCAGAAGUAGAGAAGAAGGAACGAAUCUAAAAGAGAUACAAUUACCAACUUACUUUCUUUCAUCGAUCGAUCUGUAACAGAUCACUUGAAAUAUUAAACGAGACAGACAUAUAUGUGUUUGUGUGUGUGUGUAUAUAUAUAUAUAUAUAUAUUUAUAUAUAUAUAUGAUAAUCCCUAGGGGGGAAAUUGAAAGAUUUCGUAAUUGGCUCAUCGUCAUAUGCGUAUAUCCACCUACACACACAUACACACACACAUAUAUAUAUAUACACACACGCACACAUACACGCGAACACUAUCACACAAAUGUAUAUAUGCGUUCGUGUUAAAUUCAGAGAGACGCGUGCCGUACACGAUCGUGUGCCAAAAUGAAAGCGAGUCGACUGGUUUUACAAUUAUAACGGGAUUCGAUUUACAACGAGUCCUUUUUGCGUGACUCGCCCAUUUAAAAUGAUUCUUUCAAAUCUCAACACAACGCCUAUUGGUCUCGAUCAAUCCCAUAUGUUAUUUCUUUUUCUUUUCUUCUUUGUUUUGUUUUGUUUUUUUUUUCCUCUCUCUUUCCUUUCUAACAAAACUUUUUGUAUUUGAAUAAGAUAAUCGAAAUAACGUGUAAAUACGUGUGAUAAAACAUUUGUAAGAAAAUUAGAAAUAAGAAAUAAAGACGUCAAAUGGCGUUAAUAAAGCUAAUGACAGAGGCAAAAAGAAUGAAAAAAAAUGAAAAAAAAAAAAAAAAAAAAAGAAAGAAACGGAAAAAGAUUCUUCACCAAAACUCAUAUCCAAUCAAUGUCAUAUCCGAUCUCUAAAGCCAAUCGGAUUAUUUCCUUUGAACAUAUGCUACGUUAAAUAAUUUAUGCGAAAACUUGAUAACAACGAGACUAACGAAUUCAAAGCUAUCAUUAUCUAUAUAAGUGAUUACGAUAGGAAUCAGUGUAUUGCGUGAUGAUAAUAAUAAAAAAAAAAAAAAAAAAAAAAAAAAAAAGAAAGAAAAGAAAAGACAAGAAAAAAAAACAACAAAAAUCGCAACUUGACUUUUCGUAACAUUUUGUUGGAAUCAUCGGAACUCUUCAUACGUGCUUGGAAA